UUAUGACUAGCACUAAUAUUGUCAUUAAGCUCACCCAUUGAUUACUCCUCCAUUUUUACUAUACUUUUCCCUGCAACCAAGCCAGUUGUUUCCGUGUGAUCUUGAUGAAUUAUCCAGCUUAAAAACUUGCCAAGGUGUUGAAAUGGUUUGAUUUAAGGAAAAGAAGAGAAGAGAUACAGUGACAUACACCUUUUAUUGUGGUAUAGAACAUCAUAAACCCAGUCAUGUCAGUUCCACAACUCCACAGCACUGAUGUAGUGGCUGCUAACUUGACUUGUGACCGUUACUACUCAUGGGAUGAGUUUCACAACAAAACAAAAUUAAUCACUAUAUAUGGAGGAUAUGAAGGCAUCCCAGAAAACUUGCUUAUCAACUUUAUAGUGUGGUUGCUACUACUGAUACUGUUUGCUAUCUUAAGAAAGAAAGCUUGGGACUAUGGAAGAAUAGCACUAGUAAGCAGGAGAGCAGAAAGGAGAUCCUUGAAUGAUUCCAGAUACAAUGUGUGGACCUCCCUGUUCUAUGGUGAUCACGAUGAGAAGUCAGUCAAUGCUGCUUUGGGUUCAGUGGAGUCAUUGGACAAGCACAUUGACCAUCAUGAUACAGGAUUUUGUUCAUGGUUGCCUGCAUUCUUCAAAAUAAAGGACAGUCAUAUCCUCCAUAAGUGUGGUCCAGAUGCUGUCCAGUAUUUGUCCUUCCAGCGCUACUUACUGGUCUACCUGGCACUGAUAUGUGUGCUCUCUGUGGCCGUCAUAUUACCUGUCAAUUUUCAGGGAGAUCAAGAACAAGACCAGCAGCAGUUUGGUCAUACGACCAUAAGUAACCUGAAACUAGACUCUACUACAUUGUGGGUCCACGCUGUAUUCUCAGUGGUGUUCAUAGGCCUGGCUGUCUACUUCAUGAGGCAUUUCUCCAGCAGCCUCAGCUUUGAGGAAGAUGAUGAGGCCACUCGCACCCUGAUGAUAUCCCAUAUUCCGUUAGAUAAAUGCUUCAAAAAUACAUUACAGCAGCAUUUCCAGGAGGCCUACCCAGAAUUCACAGUUCAGGAUAUUCAGUUUGCUUACAACAUCUCAGAUCUCAUCAACAAAGAUAACAGCAGGAAAAAGGCCCAUGAGGCACGAGUAUUCUCAGAGAAUGAGCUGAAGACCACCGGGCAGCGGCCCACUAUGGUUCCUUACAAGUGUGGCAGGGUGUGCUGCUGCUGUCACUCCUGUGGUUGUGAGGAGGUGGAUGCCAUUGAGUUUUAUAGUCGCAGGGAGCGGGAGCUAACCAACCAAGUUGAGGUAGAAAAAGCCACUUCCUUCCAAAAGGCCCUUGGAAUUGCAUUUGUCACAUUUGAGAAUGAAUAUAUGGCUCAAAGAGUCUGUGUAGACUUCAGGACAUCGUGCAAGGGCUCUCACAACCCUCACCCCUCUAGUCUGGGCCGAGACUUGGCUCUGGAAGACUGGAAUGUAUCAUAUGCACCAGGUCCAGACAAUAUCUACUGGGAGAACCUGUCACUAGACCCCUGGGUGUGGUGGAUCAAGUGCAUCGUGAUUAAUGGAGUAUUAAUAAUUCUGCUGUUCUUUCUGUCCACCCCGUCUAUUCUGAUGGCAGCCUUGGACAAUAUUAACUUCAAGAAGGCACUGGAAGACUUACAUAGCCCCAUAUUGGUGCAGUUUCUGCCAACUCUUAUCUUGUGGUCAUUCUCAGCUCUGUUGCCAUGGCUGGUCUAUUACUCUGACCAGUUUGUAGGACACUGGACGAGAACUGCAGAGCACCACACUGUGAUGAGAAAAAUCUUUAUAUUUUUGAUUCUCAUGGUUCUUGUUUUGCCCUCACUUGGUCUCACAAGUAUCAAAGCUUUCUUUGAAUACACUGUGAGCAACCAGACUAAGGAAAUCAGAUGGGAGUGUAUAUUUUUGCCAGAUAACGGUGCAUUCUUCGUGAAUUAUGUGAUCACGUCGGCACUGAUAGGAACUGGACUUGAGCUGAUGAGGUUCCCUGAGCUGUCCCUGUUUGUAAUUAAGCUACUGUGUGCCAGGUCACAUGCAGAACAGGCCUCCGUCAGGAGAUCAGUGCUGUGGGAGUUCCAGUUUGGCCAGAACUAUGCCUGGAUGUUGACUAUAUUUGCUGUCACAAUGACUUACAGCAUUCCAUGUCCCCUUAUUGUCCCUUUUGGUUUGCUUUACCUUGUUUUGAAAUAUGCUGUGGAUCGCUACAACAUUUACUUUGCUUAUGCUCCUUCAAAGAUCAACAAGAAUAUCCACACCAGUGCCAUUAACUUUGUCCUGAUAGCUGUUGUCCUGCUGCAGUGCAAUAUUCUUUUCUUUACAGUUAUCAGGACAGAUCCCAUACAGGGAAUCAGUGGUUUCUCUGCCAUUACUCUGUUCAUCAUCAUGUUGAUGUUCAUUGGGAGACUGAGCUUUGGAUGGUUCAAACAGUUCACCCCAGUAUACUAUAGGACACUAGAUGGUGAAAGUGGCACCGGUCGUAUCAGCACAACUUCAGACCAGCCUUUCAUCCCCUCUGUGCUUAGAGAUGACAGAAAGCAACCACCAUCAUCUCCUGAUGCCUUGAAUCCAAAUAGUCACAAUGACAACCAGGCAGCAGCCACUACUCUGGGCAACUCCUAUGGUGCCACUGAGAACAGCCAUACCACCAGACACAGGGACACGGGAGAUAUAUUUGCCCCAGAAUAAUCAUUUACAUGCAGUUUUAGGACCAUUCAGUUCCAGGAGGGGAAAUUUGAAAGGGUUCAAUAUUUUUUUGUUGUCAGUGAAGGGAAUUAAUUGUGAUAUUCCCCCAGGCUGCAAUGUGAAGCAGUUAUUUUUCUAUCCCUCAUAGUGGAUGGACUUGAACUUGUUAGCUUUAGCAGUGAGCAAUUGCAUUUGAUGUUAAUUGUUAAUGCGACUGUAUUUAUGAUUUUUGUUUGUAAUGACAUCUUUCAAACAUUUUUAGUUUUAUAAUUUUCAUUGUAAUUUUUGUGUUAGAGUGUAACAACUGUUAAUGUGUUUAUCCAUGGAAUUUAUUCCAGACCAUAAUAUGGUUAAAUAUUAGAAAAUAUAUGACUAUGUAUUAUAACUUACAAUAUAUUUAAGAUUUGCUGGUAAAAAGAAUCUGUUUGUGAAUUUAAGAAUUCCAAUUAAGUACAGAUCUUUUCUUAUCAUACUUAUAAAGUUUGCUUAUUUUGCCAAUGUUUAAUGUGCAAUAGUAUUCUUGUUUAUCUCAUAUUAUUUAAUAUAUUUAAUUUUGUUAUUCAUUAACUUUUAAGCUACUUGAAGAAUAGCUUAUGUGAGACUAGUACUGUCAUGGAUUUAGUUUGUUGGGUGCGUUAAGAUAAGUUAUGUGAUUGAUAUAUUUAUUGUGACUUUUUGCAUCUCUGUUAUUUUCAUGGGAAAUGAAUGGUGAGAAUGAAUGUGUAGUGCAAAGCCUUUUUGGAUCACAUUAUACCUGCCAUGUUAUCGCACCAAGUCUGUGUUCACUGCAGGAUUAUAUAAAAUAGAAAAAGAGGCAUUUGAUCUUUGAUCUUACUUACAAUCUCAUAGAUGUGAAGCUGUCGUCAGUAAUUAUAAUAAUAACAACUUUCUC